UGGCGUCUGUGGUGUUGCGGCAAUUUCGAAGGGAAUAGUGAGUUUUGAAAAUUUUGACAACGACCUCGAGAAUGGCAGAUAAUCAACAAAGUAGAUUUGAAAAGUCUCUCGGUCUAUUAACGACUCGUUUUGUCACUUUAUUACAGAAAGCAAAGGACGGUGUUCUUGAUUUAAAAGUAGCAGCUGAUAUUCUAGAAGUUCGACAAAAAAGGCGAAUUUAUGAUAUAACUAAUGUUCUUGAAGGUAUUGGACUCAUUGAAAAAAAAAGCAAAAAUAGUAUCCAAUGGAAAGGAGCAGGUCCAGGUUGUAAUACUCAAGAAGUUGGUGAAAAAUUAACUGAUUUAAAAGAUGAAAUAAGAAAAUUAGAAGAUCAUGAACAGUUAUUAGAUAUGCAUACUCAAUGGAUUCAACAAAGUAUAAAAAAUAUAGAAAAUGAUUUAAUUAAUAAAAAAUAUGCAUAUAUUACUUAUGAGGAUGUUAAAGAAAAUUUUCCUGACGAUUUUGUAUUAGGAAUUCAAGCUCCACCUGAUACUGAAUUAAAUGUACCAAAAUAUAUAACGCAGACGUCAGAGGAUGAUGACAAAUUGAAUUAUGAAAUGUUUCUAAAAAGUAAUUCUGGAGAAAUUAAGGUGUAUAUGAUUCAACCAGAACUAGCUAAAACAUAUGAUAAUAAAAUAUUAGAAAUGAGACUACAAGAGGAAAUAAAAGGCACAAAAAGAGUAAAAGAAGAAGAAGAGAAAAAGGAGGAAACUAAUGUUAAACCAAAGAGAAGAGUUGGAAGACCUCCAAAAGGAACUAGUAAACCUGAUCCUGUUAUAUCUGAUGAGGAUGAAGAAGAUGAUGCAGACUUGAUAGAAGCAAAGAUAGUACUUCGAGAUGUUAGCACAUCAGAUAUUGCACAAAGGGACUUGGAGUUAUUUGAUCAAAUUUAUUCUGACAUUUAUGGACCAUUAGUAAGAUUAAGUCCUCCACCCAGUGAAAAAGAUUAUCACUUCAAUCUUAGUGAAAAUGAAGGAAUUUGUGACUUAUUUGAUAUUGCAGCGAAAUGAGUAAAUGAGUUAUGUAGUUCAAAUGAUUGAAUGAUUCAGACUGUGCCAAUAAUGUGCAAAAUUGCAGAAAAAUUUAUUGACAAUUUCUGAAGGCUGUUCUAUGUAUAUAAUUUUAAAGAAUGGAUAUGGAUAAUUAUCAUUGAAUACAUGCAGUAUUUUUUUAUUAAUAGAAAUAAAAAAAUUAAUACAAGUUAUAGAAAAAAAAUGUUUAUAUAAAUUUUGUUGCAUCUUUAUUUAAGUAAUAAGAAUUCUAAAUUUUGACGGAUUCUUUAUAGUUUGUGACUAUGAUUAUGAUUUAUUUCUAUAAAUUUGUUUAUAAACUUAAACCUUAUAUGCGAAACAAACAAAACUAUGUUUUUAUUUAUAGUAGUUUCAUAUAAGGAAAGUGUUAGAGAAAUAUUUUUACGAAUGACAUGUGUCCAAAUUAGCAUUGUUUUUGCAAACUGUAUCUAUUUUAUUAAGUUACUCUUUUUACUUGUUUAAUAAUGAUUUUUUGAGACAGUAUAAUGUACAUUCUGUACAAUUGUCAAAAUAUAUAAGAAUGUAUAUAAGACUAUCAUCAUUUAUUGUAAAUGAGUACAUGCGUGCUCUUUUUAUAAUAUACUUUCCAUGUUUUAUAUUGUAUGUUUGUUACUGCAUUCAAUGACACUAAUUAAGUUUGUGAAUAUUAUGGUUAUUUAAGAAAAAUAAAUUUAAAUGAAAACAA